UAUGGACGAGAACUGGAUCAGCCAGUCUUGUAUUUUCUGUCUGAUGCGCAGUGCAGUAUCUUAAUUUGUUUAACAAUUAGUGCUAUUAAUAGAUAACUAAUAAGUUAUUAACUGGUAAAAAUUCUGUGACGUGCAGUGAAAGAUAAUCAGUGUUAAAGAACAAAAUGAUGUCCAAAAUUACUAUCCUUGCCAUGCUGGUAGUAGCUUGCGCAGCUCAGAGGUCGUUCUACGGCAGACGGCCGAUAGGCUACCCGGUUCUCGAGCAACCCAGCACUGAGAGCAAUGCUCUCGGCGACAGAUUCGGUACCGGCGAAACCACAACCACCCAACGGUUACCAAUAGAAGCGUUGGGCGACCAAGCGCUGGUCGACCAGCUGAGCAAGCUGCCACAAGACAAGCAACCAUUUUGGUUACUCAACUGGCGGGCUCUGGAGCAACACCGCCAGCAACAUCCGACAUUCCAGCAUGGACAGAGCAAUUUCAUCAAUGGACAAUCCUUUUUUAAUCCGCAGAAUCUGCAAUCUUAACUUCAAAUAGAUUUAUUUUAGGGAUUAUGUUGGUAGUUUAAGACACAUAUUACAGAAAAAAAACAUGAGUCUUCCAAAAACGAUAGUACAGUUGUUUAGUUGACCAGCUGAGCAAGCUGCCAAAAGACAAGCAACCAUUCUGGUUGCUCAACUGGCGGGCUCUGGAGCACCAUCGCCAGCAACAUCCAACCUUCCAGCACUCACAGAGCAAUUUCAUCAAUGAACAAACCUUUUUUAAUCCGCAGAAUCAGCAAUCUUAACUUCAAGUACGUUUAUUUUAGGGAUUAUGUUGAUAGCUUAAGAAAAGAUUACAGAAAAAAUAUGAGUCUUCAAAAACGAUAGUACAGUUUUUUGGUUGACCAGCUGAGCAAGCUGCCAGAAGACAACCAUUGUGGUUGAUCAACUGGCGUGCAUUAGAGCAACAUCCGAUCUUCCAGCACUUACAGAGCAAUUUCAUCAAUGGAUAAACCUUUUUUAAUCCGCAGAAUCAGCAACCUUAAUAAAAAAAGACUGAUCAUAGAGAUUAUGUUGAUAAUUUAAGACAUACACACACAGAUUAGGUAGUUUAUACCUAUAUGUAAAAUUUAGUAAUACGAAUUAAGAACAAUCAUUUUAAGUACAUGAUAAUUCUGAGCAAACUUCCCGAAGAAAAUAAUUCAAAUUUCAAAAUUAUAUACAGUGUAACAACAAUAACGACAGUGUAACGACAAGACUUAUAAAUUAUGUUUGUAUUUUAUUCAAAAUUAAGCAUUGUAACUAGUGAGACUUUUAAUUAUAAGGAUUAUGUAUGUAAACUAUGUAAUGAUAAACAAUUUUAGCCCAAUUAAAUUGUUUGUUUUCAUGAA